AUGGGCAGCGGCCAGUCCAGAAACAUCGAUCCAACUCAAUGUCCGGAGACUUGCAGUGACGCGUAUGCAUGUACUUCCAUAACGAAAAAUGCGGCCAGUCAACACACCGAUUAUGCUUGCAGAUUGAAUGAAAACGCAAGAAUCGGGCUCAUCGCUGGUUUCUCUGCUUUGGCGUUUCUUCUCUUUGUUUUGAUCAUGAUCUGCUGUUGCCUGAAAUGCCGACGAAACAAGCGAGUUGUUCCGACGAAGAAGAACUCUCCUGAUAGAUGUGGCUGCUGUUGUUUUGAUCCUGAAUUCGCCGAACCUGAGCAACGAGCCCCAACUCCUCCUCCACCAAGAACACCCACCCCACCUCCACGAGUCAAAACUCCACCUCCACGCGACGAGUUGACAUACGGCGUCGUGCCCGAAAGCGCGGUCCCUGUCGCUUCCGACAGUCCAUCUUCCGCCCUUUCUGAUGAAGAAGGAAUCGGCCGUGUGAACAUCUUGAACACGAACGUUGUUAGACCAACUGACUUUGAUCCCAAGUCAUCUUCUUCUUCCUCCUCCUCUUCCUCCGACUCCGAGUAA